UUGCCUCUCAGACUGAAAAUAGAUCCAGCUGGGUUAGGUCUGCCAGUCGUCGGCUUUUCAUUUCAACAUAUUUCUGCCAAAAUAGACGGAUACGAGAGGUCUAUCACUGUGAUAUCCGAAGGAUUUACCGCUGCUUUGGGUCCAGCUCGGUCACACUUAAACUUCAAGAGCCCAAAAAUAUUUACUUUUUUUUUUUUUUUUAAAUAGGUUUUUAUUUCCUUCCUUAACGAAGUGAUGUCUGUUGCGGGGCUGAAGAAGCAGUUCCAUAAAGCCACCCAGAAAGUCAGUGAGAAGGUUGGAGGGGCCGAAGGAACAAAGCUUGACGAUGACUUCAAAGAAAUGGAAAAGAAAGUGGACAUCACCAGCAGAGCAGUCUUGGACAUCAUGACAAAAACUACAGAGUACCUACAACCUAAUCCAGCAUCCAGAGCCAAGCUCAGUAUGAUCAACACCAUGUCAAAGAUCCGUGGACAAGAGAAGGGACCUGGGUACCCGCAGGCCGAGACAGUCCUCGGAGACGCCAUGUUAAAGUUUGGACGGGAGUUAGGAGAGGAGUCUUGCUUUGGCCUGGCGCUGAUCGAUGCCGGUGAGGCAAUGAAGGAGCUUGGGGAGGUUAAAGAUGCUCUGGAUAUGGAGGUCAAACAGAACUUUAUUGACCCCCUGCAGAACCUACAUGACAAAGACCUCAAAGAGAUACAGCAUCACUUGAAAAAAAUGGAGGGCCGUCGUCUGGACUUUGACUACAAGAAGAAGCGCCAGGGAAAAGUGCAGGACGAUGAAAUCAAACAGGCGCUAGAAAAAUUUGAUGAGAGCAAGGAGAUCGCAGAGCAGAGCAUGUUUAACCUCCUAGAGAGUGAUAUAGAGCAAGUGAGCCAGCUGGCAGCGUUGGUUCAAGCUCAGUUGGAAUAUCACAGCCGAGCUGCUGAAAUCCUCCAACAGCUCUCCAGCAAGAUGGAGGACAGGAUAAAAGAAGUCUCCAGUAAACCAAGGAAGGAGUACGCUCCUAAACCUCGAAUGACCCUUGAGCUGCUGCCCCCCAGUGAGAGCCACAAUGGGGGAAUACAUUCCGCCAAAUCCCCCGGAAGAUCACCAGCUCCUAUGGACCAGCCCUGCUGCCGAGCGCUCUACGACUUCGAGCCAGAGAACGAAGGUGAGCUCGGCUUCAAAGAGGGUGACGUCAUCACCCUGACCAAUCAGAUCGAUGACAACUGGUACGAGGGUAUGAUCAAUGGCCAGUCAGGCUUCUUCCCCAUCAACUAUGUGGAUAUCCUGGUGCCGCUUCCUCAUUAAAGCCUGCCAAUGAUGCAACUUCUCACCCUGACCAAUCCAGACACCCUGAAAACAGCUUGUAUUUACAUCAAACAAUAAACCACGCCCUCCUCCUGCUUCUUCUUCUUCUUCUGUGCUUCUGUGCGAUUCUGCUUUCACAGACUGUAAUGAAUGCACCAGAUGGAGAUGGAGAUAGAAGGACAGUGAUUUGAGUAGAAGAAGGGGAGAGGAGUAUUUCAAAGCACGCAAGAUCCAGAGUUGGUGGAGGGGAGUGGGAUUGAGAAGAUGAAGACACUGAUGAUCUGCUUCAGCAUUCAUGCCUGCUCAGUCGUACUCUGCAGGGCAGCACUGGGUACCAAGGAGACUUUGGAGACUUUUAAAUAAGGCACGGUGUAUUUGUGCGUGCAUGUAUGUGUCUAUUUCUGUGUGUUAACCUGUUCUUACUCUAUUAUGAUGAAGCCAGCACAAAUUCCUGCUCGUCAGUUAAAACCACCUGACAGCCUUUUUGUGAUCCUGUCCACUCUCUCGUUCUCCUUGCCUCUUCUUGCUGUUUCUCUCAAAGUAAUUCUGUCUUUUCUACCUUGACUUGCCUUUCUGUACUUUUCUUUAACCCUAGAUUUCUUAGCAACUGUUACAGUCUUCCCGACUUUCUCUCUGUCUUUCUUUGUUCAAGCCUUUUAACAUGGCUAUAAACUGUAAACAGAAAUCACAAUACAGAGCUACAGUAAGUCAUCAAUGAAACAAAACCCUCUCAUUUGGUUGUUGAGGUAUUUCUUGUAUUUUUCAUCAGUAAUGUAGACUGCAGACCUUUCUCAAGGUCUGCAGUGAAGCUCAGUUAGUGGCUGCAUGCACAAACCAGCCAAAUCAAAGUCUGA